CCUCUUGAACCAAAUCUAACUUUUCUGAAGUUUGAGUGAAUUUCCUGGUUUCAUCCAAGACCAGAAGCCAUAUUAAUACGACACCACAAGAAAACCUAUUUCAUGGGAGAUUCUGACUUGGCCCAAAUCAAAGUGAGGAUAGUGGGACUCAGUGGUUCCGAUAAACUCGCCGUUCUCCAAGGAUGCCCUGGCAUGGCUGGUGCCGCAGGACCCAAAGGUGACCCAGGAGCUGCAGGACUGAAAGGUGUUCAGGGAACACAGGGAAUCCCUGGGAAGGCAGGACCACAGGGGCUGAAAGGGGACAGAGGUGUUGCUGGUCCCCCAGGUCCAAAAGGUGAUAAAGGAUUUCCUGGAGCACCUGGAACACUAGGAGAGCGAGAGCUGGACAGCGUACAGUGUAAGAAAGGAGCAAAAAACUGCAAGGAGUUGUUAGCUAGAGGGAACACCCUGAGUGGCUGGUACACCAUCUACCCGCAUGACUGUAAUGCCAUGACCGUGCUGUGUGACAUGGACACCGAUGGUGGGGGAUGGAUUGUUUUCCAAAAACGGGUAGAUGGUUCCGUGGAUUUUUUCCGUGACUGGGGUUCAUACAAGAGAGGUUUCGGCAGCCGGCUGUCAGAAUUCUGGCUGGGGAAUGACAAUAUCCACCUGCUGACAUCCCUUGGAAACCAUGAACUCCACAUUGACCUCAAAGACUUUGAAAACAACACGCAGUUUGCCAAGUACAAGUCAUUCAAGAUUGCAGGAGAGACGGAGAAAUACAAACUGGUUCUUGGAGACUUUCUUGGAGGCACUGCAGGUGAUUCACUAACCUCGCACAAGGACAUGCCGUUUUCAACCAGAGACCAUGACAACGACCUGGGCUCAAACGCUCGAAACUGUGCUGCAAUCUACAAGGGGGGCUGGUGGUAUAAGGACUGUCAUUGGUCCAACCUGAAUGGGUUGUACUUGGCUGGUGCCCACGCCAGCUUUGCAGAUGGGGUGAACUGGAGGACGGGCAAAGGAUAUAAUUAUUCCUACAAACAAUCAGAAAUGAAAUUUAGGCCUGUCUAGCUCAGCCAGCAGGCACACAAUGAAAGAGAACUGCUCUCUGGUUCUUGCCUAUAACAGAUUUCGGGCAGCUGUAUUUUCCUGGCAUUGCCUUCUCCUUUCUCCCUCCAACGCCUGGGUCCUAAGUGUGGCUAAUGCUCGGAUCUUCACUGUGGUACCACUGAUUUCACCUGUUUCCUCGGCUUCCACCUGUGACGGCCUUCGCUGCCCAACUAACAGAGCUGCUUCACGUGCUACAGGGCUCAUGGCUGGGGAUAGGAGCCAAAGUGGCUCCCUCUUUCUAGGCACUAAGUAGCGACAAGCUUAAUCUCCACUGAGUCGGGCUUAGAAGCCUGCUCAUGUCGUUAAGGGACUGGGUUGGGACUCCAGAGAUGGGGGUUCAGGUAUUGCUUCUGCAAUCCAUUUCCGGUGUCAUCUUUGGCAAGUAACGUAGGAGACGACUACACCGCAGCUGGGAGGUGUAAUUCCCAGCAUGGGUAGACGUACAUGCACUAGCUCUGAUCAGCAGCAGUUGGGCCGCGACACCUUGGGCGAGCCACCUGAGGGCAUGCCUGGGAUCUUCGACAGGCUUGGGUCCGCUCAAAAGCGUGUCUCUCUCACCAACACAAGUUGGUUCACUAAAAGCGAUUUAAAUUUAAAUUAAUGGAGAUAUCUUAUCUCCUAGAAUUGGAAGGGACCCCAAAAGGUCAUCCAGCCCCCUGCCUUCACUAACAGGACCAAAGUACUGAUUUUGCCCCAGAUUCCUAAGUGGCCCCCUCAAGGAUUGAACUCACAACCCUGGGAUUAGUAGGCCAAUACUCAAACCAAUUAGCUACCCAUUCCCUCACCCACCUGGUCUCUCUAGGAUUGUACUCAGGCAGCUUGCCUGAGCCUCUGCUCACAUCACUGCGGCCACACUAGUGCACUAGCUCGAUCAGAGCUGCAGCGCUGUCGUCUCCCGGAGUUGGGAAGUGCACCUCCGGCUCCAGUGCAGACCUACCUUUAACCUCUCUGUAACACGGGGACUGGACUCCUUCCAUUCACCACCCUUUGUCUGUGUAGUUCGCAAGCUCUUUGGGGCACAAACUUUCCAUGUGUGUUUGUACAGCACUUAGUGCCAGGGCGGGAGGGCGGGUAUUCCACAUCCCAUUGUGAUGCAAAUAAUAAUGGGAGUCCUUAGACUUCUCUCAAACCCAGACCCACACCUUCCUCUGCCUUCUCCCCCUACCACUGGGGAGACAGGGCCCUUAGAUGCUGGCCUAUCACUUCUCUUCUAAAUAAGCAUUUGCCAAGUGCAUGUCUGGGGAGUAGAGUCUUCUCUGCAGGAGAAAAGAGGCUGUAAAAUAAUGAUUGUUCUAGCUAUGUAUUGGAGCACCCCGUCACUAUGGGAUCCAAGCCUUUCCAGCUACCCCCAGGUUUAACUUGGUUAGUAUUUUCCAGCAUUAAUCCUCUCACAGAUCACAGCUGAGUUGAGUCUCUGCUCUGGGAGCAGCUCUCUGAGCACUUUGCUAGCGUUUCCGGCUCCUGCUGAUGUUGGCUCUGGUUCCAUCCAGACCCCUCUGGAGCAUGGCAUGGUUUGUACAGACUCGCUUGCCUGGAGGCUGCUGCCCCACUGAGUGACAGCUGUGACUUAGGGCUGCUUCGUUCCCAGGACGUUUCUUCAUGUUCAUCCAAAGCCACAGAAGCCAUCGCUGUGUUGUGGGAAACGGAGCUGUGACCGCAGGGAGUGAGAACAAUGGAAAUUCCUACCACCCUGACUGUGCCAUAUCGCUGCUCAUUUUAAACUCUA